UUGAAGUAGAAAGGCAGCUCUUCGGAGCAGGUGGCAGGCUGGAGGUCUAUAUACGUUUGGAUCCAGAGUAGACAACAUGGAAAUGUCAUACAAUGCCUUAAAAACAGCAAAUCAAGCAAGAGAGGCUGAAGGCAUAAGAACUGAGGCCAGGAGAAGGAAUUUGCUUGUGUUGAUCUACCAUCAUCUUACUGAAGAAGGCUAUGUAGAUACUGCCAACUCUUUAGACAAAGAGACCAGAUUUGGACUGCGCCGAUAUGAAGUUUGUGACAAUGUGGAUUUGGAUACUGUUCUCAUGGAGUAUGAAAGCUAUCACUUCAUCAAGUUCCAGAAAUAUCCAAAACUAACCAAAAAAGUCCCAGACCUUCAAGAUACAGGUGAAAGGAAGGCAAGAAGUUGUGGCAAGAAAAGAACAACAGCACCCAGGCAUCUUCCCAGAAUAAACACCGCCCAUACAAGCCCCUCCAGGAGCGGACCCAGAAAGUCAGAGUCAAAGAGUACAGCCAAGGACACAAGUAAAGUGAAUGAUGAGAACGGCCAUUCCCCAGCCUCUGCGGACGGCACCGACUUUGGCCUCAAUGUGUCCGCAGUCGUCAUCAACGAGGCAGGCGAGGGGAAUCACAUGAAAAGAGGCACAGUAAUAGACUAUAGACAGCUGAUUCAGGAUGCUAUCAAAGGAGCUUCCAAUGACAUCCCGUCCAACAUCUCCAGCCAAUAUCCAGACCCGUCUGAGCGCCUCUUGAAGCCUCUGGGUCAGAGUGGCAUGGAUGGAGAGAUGAGAGAACUGGCAGCAGUCAUCAGCAGGGAUAUCUAUUUACACAACCCCAACGUACGCUGGGACGACAUUAUCGGCCUGGAGGCUCCCAAGCGAUUAGUCAAAGAGGCCGUCGUCUACCCUAUUAAGUAUCCACAGCUGUUUACAGGCAUCCUGUCGCCUUGGAAAGGCCUGCUGUUAUACGGACCUCCAGGCACAGGUAAGACCAUGCUGGCCAAGGCGGUGGCCACAGAGUGCAACACCACCUUCUUCAACAUCUCCGCCUCCAGCAUCGUCAGCAAGUGGAGAGGGGACUCUGAGAAGCUUGUACGGGUGCUGUUUGAGCUUGCUCGGUUCCACGCCCCGUCCACCAUCUUCCUGGACGAGCUGGAGUCUGUGAUGAGCCAGAGAGGCCUGGGACUCGGAGGAGAGCAUGAGGGCAGCCGGCGAAUGAAGACAGAGCUGCUGGUGCAGAUGGAUGGCCUGGCGCGGUCUGAUGACCUGGUCUUCGUACUGGCAGCCUCCAACUUGCCCUGGGAGCUGGACCAUGCCAUGCUUCGGCGCCUGGAGAAGAGGAUCCUGGUGGGGCUGCCCUCCACUCCAGCCCGCCGGGCCAUGAUCCAACACUGGCUGCCCCCCGUCAGCAACACCGGCGAGGUGGAGCUGCGCACAGACCUGGACUACCACAUCCUGGCACAGGAAACCGAGGGGUAUUCCGGCUCCGAUAUCAGACUGGUUUGCAAGGAGACAGCCAUGAGGCCGGUUCGGAAAAUCUUUGACGCCUUGGAAAACCACAGAGAGGGUGAUUCCAGGAUGCCAACCAUCCAUCUGGAAACGGUGACCACGGCAGACUUCCUGGAAGUCAUCACUCACACCAAACCCUCAGCCAGGAACCUGAAGGAGAAGUAUGCAGCCUGGGAGAGGGAGUACGAGUCUGUAUGAUGCAGAACCCACACACACACGUGCGUACACACACACUACCUUAAGACCAAGUAUUUCACUGUAGAUCAGUGUAGACACAAACACACACCCUUUUCAAGACUGUUAUUGACAUUUAUAGUCUCUCAAACGAUUUAAAGACUGUCACAGUGUUAUUUAUUGCGGAGCUAAUUUCCUUUUACCGCUUGCAAAAAAAAUAUAACAAGCUAAUGAAAAACAUUAUGACCACAAAUAAUAAAUAAACUUUUAUAUUUGUCAA